AUGCGCAUGCACGAAUGUCCCAGGAGGGGACGAGGACUCCCCCACCGGACGAGGUUGAACCGAGACCAGAAGCAGAUCUGCGAGAUGGACUGGUCGGACAAGCUCGAGACGUACAACAUCGACGAGAAGUGCGGCCGCUACAACAACCAGAGCACCAACAUCCAGUUCCACCCCAGCUCGUCGAAAUUCGAGGACAGUGCUUCCACGCCGGAGACCUGGGCCAAGUACAGCCACGACAACAUCUACCGGGCCGAGCGUGAGCGGCUGGCCUCCAUCAACCUCCGGGCCCUGAUCGACAACAUCCUCCACGACACGGCCGAGGACCUGCGCAUGCAGUGCGAUGUGGUGAACGAGGCCUUCGCCAGGCGCUGCGAGGAGAUGGAGGACGCCAAACAGAAGCUAGAGCAUCACCUGAAGAAGACCCUGAAGGAGAUUGGGGAUCAGGAAUACAACAUCGCGGCGCUCAAGCAAGCCAUCAAAGAUAAAGAAACGCCCCUCAAAGUGGCGCAGACGAGGCUUUACGACCGCUCCUUCAGGCCGAACGUCGAACUCUGCAGAGACAGCGCUCAGUUCAGGCUGAUCAGUGAAGUGGAAGAACUGACGGAGUCCAUCGAGGCUCUCAAGAAGAAGCUUUUAGACGCGGAGCAGUCCCUGCGGAAUCUGGAGGACACCCGGAUGAGUCUGGAGAAGGAGAUUGCCGUGAAAGCCAACAGCCUCUUCAUCGACCGGCAGAAAUGCAUGGCCCACCGUAGCAGAUACCCCACCGUCCUGAGACUAGCCGGUUACCAGUAGCAGUCGGCGGGGGGGGGGCAGACGUUAGUAACCCCAGAGUCUUAGGAAAUGUCACUCGUUGAUGCCGAUGUGGAAUACAACCCCAUUAGUAUUUAUUCCCCCACCUCUGUCCCUCCCGUCCCUUGGUUGAAAUAAAAUCCAAAAGCGUUGCAAGAAAUCGUCGGCCGCUUCUCUCGCACAGGUCACCUCAGCAGAGUCUGGGCCACGG